AUGGCUUCGCAAGACCCCGCCAAGAAGCGUCAAUUUGAGCAUACAGAAGAUGCCAAUAGAAACAGUGUUGAUGUCGGGAGCCAGAUUGAAAAGAAGUUUCAAGAUGAGAUGCCUGAUUUUGACGACUCCAUCGAGGAAACAGCGCCAUCCAAAGCUGUCUGGCUCAUUACUUUCACUGUCGCCAUGGGUGGCUUCCUAUUCGGUUACGAAACGGGCGUCAUUUCAGCCGUCCUUGUCACCCUCGGCGAUGACCUCGGUCAUCCUUUGACCACGUCCGAGUCUGAGCUCAUCACGUCUCUUACGUCAGGAGGUGCCCUCGUUGGUGCCGUCAUUGCAGGUUUAAUGGCCGAUAGGUUUGGUCGAAAGGCUGGCAUUUACGUCGGUUGCGCUCUCUUCUUCGUUGGUUCCGUGAUCUGGGCAUCCGCCUUUAGCAUUCCUCAAAUGUCGGUUGCCCGUUUCACUGUAGGCCUGGGAGUUGGCUCUGCUGCCAUGAUUAUCGUGAGUUUCUGCUUUAUUGGUGUCUUGGGUUCGAAAUCAAGGACUGACCCGACCAAGCCUCUGUACAUCGGUGAACUUGCCCCGGCAAAACAUCGCGGCCGAAUGAUUGCCUUCGAUAAUAUGAGCGUCACACUUGGACAACUGAUGUCUUACGCUCUUGGCGCUGCCUUUACAAACGUGCCUAAUGGUUGGCGAUACAUGGUCGCCGUUGGCGGCGUGCCACCUAUUAUUCUCGCCAUUCUUCUCCCCUGGUGCCCCGAGUCCCCACGACAGCUGUUCUCUCAUGGCAAGAUAGAAGAGGGGACAAAGGUCAUUGCUAGGGUGUACCCCCACGCAACAGAAGCUCAAGUCAAAGCCAAGGUUGAUCGUAUUCUGUGGAAUAUUGAGGCCGAGGCCGAGAUUGUGGCGAACAAAUCGUUGCUGUGGCAAUUCAAGCAGCUUCAUUGUGUCCCCUCUAACCUUCGCGCUCUUAUCUGUGCCUGCGCUGUCAUGGCUAUUUCUCAACUCGGCGGGUUCAAUACCCUAAUGUACUAUUCCGGGACGCUCUUCUCCCUUGUUGGCUUUGACAAGCCGACAGCGGUUUCUAUCGUCGUUGGCGGAACCAAUUUUGUCUUCACAAUUCUAAACAUGUUUAUCAUCGACAAGGUCGGCCGACGUAGAAUCCUCCUCGUCACGGUUCUAGGAAUGGCAAUAAGUAUGGUCGUUGCUGCGGUUGCUUUCCACUGGAUUCCCAUCUCCCGCGACCUCGUCCUUGAGAGCGACUCCGUUAACUGGGCAGGAAUCUUGGUCCUGGCCACCAUCAUAUUCUAUGUCGCCUUCUUCGCCUCUGGCGUUGCAACCAUCGGUUGGGUCGGAACCGAGUUAUUGCCUCUUGAGGUUCGAGCUCUGGGAACCAUGAUGAACACCGUCACAUGCUGGGGAUGCAACAUCAUUAUUGCCUCUACCUUCUUGUCAAUGAUGAAGGGUAUGACGCCUAGCGGUGCUUUUGGGUUCUAUGCUGGGAUCUGUUUCUUUGGCUGGAUUUUUGUCAUCAUUUGCUAUCCUGAAGUGAAGGGUCUACCUCUCGAGGAAGUCAGUCAAGUAUUCGAGCAUGGAUUUGGUGUCCGACGAGCAGCCCAGAUCCAAAAGGCCAGGAAGGCGGCCGCGACAGGUGCCUGA